AUGGCUGGCCUGCGCGCGGCUAGAGGGGCUGGCGCGGCCGCCGACGACCUCGCGCUGCUGGUGCGCGCGGCGGUCCGCGGCGCUGUGGACGGCGGCGCGCCGCGCCGCACGGUCGCCGCAGUGGCGCGCUCUGCAGUCUCGGCCGCCGCGUUCGCGGCGCGGCCGACGACGCAAGCGCGCGCUGCAGACGACCGACGUGACGAUCUUGCUGCUGAUGCCGUUGGCGAUGCCGCUCGCCCAGCUGGUGCCUCCGCGGAGGCGAAGCGGGCGCGGCGUCGGCGCCGCCGCGCGGCGCGCGCGGCUCGCAAGCAGCAGGAGAUGACCGACGGCGGCGUGACGACGGCUGGUGCUGGCAGUACUGGUGCGGGCCUGGGGCUCGCCCUGCUGCCCACGGCGAUGGCGGUCGACGGCGCCGACGACGAUGACCUCGCCUCGUUGGUCGACGACUCCUGGGCUGACAGCCUGCCUGUCGGCGGGCGGCGGCGGCCUGGGCGGGGGCGCGAGGGCGGGUGGGUCGCGGAGGCGGUGGCUGCUGGCGCGGGCGGCACGGGCUCUGGCCUGGCCGCCGCGGCGGCCGCUCCCGCGGACGCGGCGCUGGCCCUCGCGAGGGCCCCAGGCGGGGCGGCGGCGGCGGAAGCGGCGGAUCUCGCUCGCGGAGUGGGAGGAGCUGCUGGAGCUGCUGCGUGCGGCCUCGAGCGCGCCGGCCUGGCUGGCGGUGCCGAGCCACGGCGGCGCGGGCCGAGGCGCGCACGGGCGAAGGCGCAGGCGGAGGCGGCGAGGGCGGCGGCGGAGCUGGGCGCGGCGCUCGCGGGGGCGGCGCCUGCUGGCGGCGGAGCUGCUGCCUCGGAAGGCCCUGGGGAGGUCUUCGAGCGUGCCGACGGCCUCCUUCGGCAGGCGCCUGGCUACGGGCCUCAGCUCAGCGUGCAGCUUCGGCAGAUGCUGGAGUCCGUGAGCUGGAGGCCCGCCAGCGCCGUGUGA